CGUUCGAGAACGCGUGUCGUCCAAGAUGGCUACCGCCGGCAACGCGUCGUCGGCCGGCGGCGAGUCGACUGCCGCUGAUAGUAAUAACGUUCCUCAAUGGAAAAGAGAUCUGAUAUUACGACGAAGACAACAAAAUAAAGUUGUUUUAUCAAGUAGCAACGGAACAAACGUAAAACUCUUAUCAACGGAAGGCGUUGAUGUCGCGGCGAUAGCAGUUUGUCGUCAAGAACAACGUCAGGAUAAUAAUAAUACAUCAUUGACAACGACAACGACGACGACGACGACAACUUCAACGACAACGAUGACAACAAUGACGAUGAGAAUGAAGACGGUAACAACUACUACUACUACUACCACACAAACAACUACCACUACUACUACUACAACUACUACUACAACAACACGUGAGGAAGAAAAGUUCGGUGGUGGUGGUGGUGGUGGUGGUGGUAUGAACGAAACUGGUACUAUUAUUUUUACCGAUACUAGUGGUGUUAGUAGUAGUGGUGGUACUGGAAGCGGUGGAAUGGGGCCCCUCCCUAUCCCCACUAUCCCCACUACGAUAGGUCCACUAGUUGUCAGAGAGCUCGCUAGUGGCGCUAUCCUUUUCCAUAGCAGUAAUAACUGCGAAAAUGACUCAGUGGCGCGCAACAUGCGUCUCGAGGCGGAUCUUUCACUUUGCUCCGAUUCGGAGGAUGUAAACGGUGGUGGUGCUAGUGGUGGUGCUAGUAGUGGUGGUGGUGGUGGUGCUAGUGGUGGUUCGAUUAAAUCCACGGAUAUGGAACGAAAAAUGGAGCAUGUCGAAGACGAUUAUGAGAGCGAUGAUAAUAUCCUUGGUACGAAGAGGACACGAGACGUCGGUAAUAAUUUAUUUGAAGAAUUUCGUGGUAAUAUUACGAGCACGGUCAGAGCUGCCACCACCACUGUUGGAAUAAAAACGAACGAGGCUGACGCCGAAAGCGAUAGCUCCGAGGAAUUGCAAUACGGUCCUGGCAUCGUGAAUAAACUUAAAAGCAAAUAUCUUAACCUUGCACUUAGGGAAACAAACAAAAGUCGAGCAACGGUGCAACGUUUUCGACGUGCUGCUAGUUUGGAAGAUUUACUCGAUCGUGAGGAAGAAUCGACUAACGAGAAAAAUUCAGCUGCGACUAUUGUCGUUUCCGAUAGAAAGUACGCUAAGAGAAACGUUGCCGGUCAAAUGAGCAAGACCGGUGGUGAUAGAUAUCGAAAUGCCAAUCGUGGCAAUGAAACGAUGAAACGAGCCAGAAGUGUAGAAACUCUCGUUAGGUAUAAUGCUAAUUCUACCUCGAUCGAUGAUACCAAUCUCAAGAAGACAAGCAUUAACACGAGGAUCGUGUCAAGGCAGCAGGAUCCCAUUAACGAUCACAUUGUUCUCGUCGAUAGGAGCUCCGUUAAAAUAGAAAGUCGACUGAGCGAUAUAGAUCGACCCAAGGCAACAAACAAACCGAAAAGAAUCAAGCCAGUUUUGGCAGAAACUGAACGGCCUCCACCCGAUCUAGUCAAGACGACAAUGCGCAUAUUCGAAGGAUCAGCGAAAAAGUUGAAGCCUAAAGGAGACGUUGCUGCUAAGGUAGCAACGUUUAAAACGAUCAACGAUACUUUUAAAGCGCAAAAUCAAAAAAAGGUACUACCUAAACCACCGUUACAGCCUAAACCUUUUGCUAAUGGUAAUACUAGGACAAAUACAACUAAUUCAUCGUCACCGAAGAAAAUUAUUUUACCUCAAAAACCAACGGCUGAACUAAUAGAGAAAGAUGAGGAGUUUCAUUUCGAUGGUGUUAUCACCGAUCCCAUAGUACAAUCAGUUUCUUCUGUAGUUAGCAAGUUUCAGAAGAUUGAAAAGUCACAUUCACCGUCACCCUCACCUGAACCAACUUUCAACAAGCUUAGGUUUUCUCCAGCACCAAGUCCAGAACCUCAAAAUAGGUCAAAAGUUAAUGCUCUUGAGAUAGGAAUUAAAUCUCCUCCUUUGACACCUUUAUUGUCACCAAGGAUCUCUUCUCCAGCUGUUCAGAGUCCAUCAUCACCUAUCAAAGAUGCCAAUAUUCCUCUGCUUCAGAGUUCCAGUCCGAUUCGUAAGUCCAGUCCGAUUAAAGAUAAUUUAGAAACUAAUAAAGUUAUUCAAACACGUACUCGACAGACUGAAAAAGAAAUCAUCUUAUCAACAAGACAAAGGUUGCCAACUCCUAAAACUUCGUCAAUUUCAAAAGAUCUUUCUAUUGAAGAAUUGGGAUUAGAACCAGAAAUAGUAGAAGAAGUAAAAGGUCAAGAAGAAAAAGAAAAAGAAGAAGAAGAAGAAGAACCAACACCAAAAGUCGAAAUAGAAGAAGAAGAAGAAGAAGAAGAAAAUGAGGAUGAGGUGGAGGUAGAGGAGAAAAAAAUAGAAAAAGGCAAAGAUGUGGAAGAUGGGCCAAAAACAAUAUCUUCCUCAGCUUUAGACAAUAUUAGCAAAGCUGGUACAACCAUGCAUUUUAGGUUCAAGGAUGAAACUAACAACAGGGAGAAAAAUUAUUUACCAGGUGUUAAACAAAAUGGGAAUAGAAAAAUAGAAGAAAAAUCAACGAGCGUAUUAAAGGCUAAUACCUGUGAUAUCAAAACAAAUGAAACCUUUGCUGGAACUGUACGGGAUCAGGAAAUAGGUUCGAGACUUUUUCGUGAAAAAUUCACUGUAGAUAAAGAUGAAAAGAAAAAGAAUGAUGGAAAUGAUGAAAUUGAGGAAAAGAAGGCUGACAACAAACCUCCAAAGUCUGCUAGCUUAAUCAGUUCAACAACAACGUCCUAUUCUCAGGGUAAUGAAUCUAAAACGAUAAGGUAUCAGAAAAGUGAAUCAUCCCCACCUCAAAAACAAAUUGGUAUUAUAAGACCACUUGUGUCAACUAAAACUCAGCUUCCUCAACAGAAUCUAAGCAAUCGAGAGUUAGAGAAAAAUCUAAUAAAUCGUGUUAAGAGUAUAGAACAACCAACAAAAGUUGUAGUUAGUUUGAAGAGUGCUGAUGAGAUACAACCAACAAAAAAAUCAACAACUCCCACUGUUGGUAGUGGUAUUAGUACUGGAACUGGGACUGGGACUGGGACUGUUGGUAGUGGUGGUGGUGGUGGGGGAGGUCUUUGGGAUGCCAAGCCAUGGAAUCAGCAGAACAACACAAUGGUCUUCAAUUUUAGCAACAGGAAAGACGUUCCUGAUUACAUAGAGAACGAUGGCCUUAUUAUCAAAAGGAAACGUGAGAAGUCAAAGGUUGGAGACGGUAGUAUUAUAGUUCUCGACGCUACUUUGGAUGCUUCGACGACUGACGAUUCUGAAUGGGAACUUUCGGGUGGACCACCAUCCCCUUGCGAUGUUUCCUUUCUCAAUGAUAAUAUUCUUAUCAAUGGUCGUAGCAAUCUAUCAAGAACGCCGAGAAAUCACAAGCAUCGAAUACAAUUCGACGAUAUGGCAACACGCACUUUUGAAUAUCCAAGCGAGGCUUCCAUGUUGGAAGGUGAGAGCAACAUUAUAGAUAACGAAAGCUCUACUUCCGGUGAGCAAUCUACGCAGAUCGCCAAUAAAACGUCAACGGCCAGUUCAACGACGAGCAUCCCGUCGCUUCUUGGAGGCGGUGGUUUAGCGAGUUAUACACCAAGCAAAGUGGAUUUGGCAUCUGAGGGUUUCGAGUUAGGUAUCACCAGAGCUACAUUAACAACGGGUACAAAUUUGACUACUAACAAUGCCAAUGGUAAUGAUCAACAACAACAACAAGGACAAAACACAAGCAGUGAGGUUGACUACUUGAAACCUGCUCAAGAUGGCAAUGCGUGGGGUUCAGAAACGACCGGUGAUCUUCUCUAUUGAAUAUUCUCCAUGAACCAAUGAAGAAAAAGAAAGUAACAUAGAAGAAAGAAUAAAGAAGUAAUUAAAUCAUUUUU